UGUUCCUUAGCUCAGUGGCCCGCCCCUAACGGCGUGGCACGUCCUGACGCUUUUCCACGUCGCAGUCCUGUCUCAGGCGAACUCGCUGCGUAUGUAUGCGUGUCUCCAGCUAGGCCAGAGAGUGAUGGCGGCGCCCGUCCUGAGAGUGUCCACCCCUCGGUGGGAAAGAAUAGCUAGGCUUCUUGUUUGCUUGUUAGGCAUACUGUUGUCUCUUUAUGCCUUUCACGUCGAGAGGGAAAAGGCUCGGGAUCCGAGUUAUAAGGCUAUGUGCGACGUCAGCAGCUCCAUCAGCUGUUCAAAAGUGUUCAGCUCAAGGUGGGGUCGAGGAUUUGGACUCUUAGGCUCCAUUUUUGGAAAUGACAGUGCACUGAACCAACCCAACAGUGUCUACGGGAUUGUCUUUUAUGCCUUUCAGCUCCUACUAGGAAUGACUGUCAGUGCAAUGGCCGCCCUUAUUCUCAUGACGACAUCCAUCUUGUCGGUGGUGGGUUCGCUCUACCUGGGCUACAUCCUCUACUUUGUCCUAAAGGACUUCUGCAUCAUCUGCAUCACCACAUACGCGCUGAACUUCAUUCUCUUUAUUCUCAACUACAAGCGACUGGUUUACUUGAACGAGGCCUGGAAGCAGCAGCUUCAGGCCAAGCAGGACUAAGCUGUCGAGAACGGCAAGAAAAAUACGACAAACAAACAAAAGAAAAAAAGAAAUGUGACCUCUGAACAUUUGACUUGCCACCAGGAGACCUUGCUUCCAAACAAUGUUUAUUCUGCUGUGUGUUCAAAAAAAAAAAAAAAGAAGAAAUUUAACUUAAAUGUUGGGCCUGACAUCUCAAUGUUGCAAACACGGAAGGAUUUGUAAGAGAAAGAUGAUUUCCUUUUAAUUUCUUUUUCCUUGUUUUAACAUUGUACUCACUUAAGUGUGUGUGUGUGUGUGUGUGUGUGUGUGUGUGUGUGUGUGUGUGUGUGUGUGUGUGUGUGUGUGUGUGUGUGCCGAGCAGAGGCAGAAGCCCACAAUACAGAACGAUGGAGGACAGCUCUCUUUUGAACAAAAAGGAUAGCAGAAUGGAAGAAAACGGGACAUUAAAAGGGGGUUUACUUGAAACGGUUAGUAAGGUCCUAUUACUGCACAGCGGAUCUGCACUAAAACUCGGAACCGAAUAAUGGGUCCCAAAAUUAUUAAAACACUCAUUAGGUUAUCGUACAGUUUGCAAGAUACGGUUCUAUGGCAUGGUGGUGGGGGGGAAGGGGGAGGGAGUGUUAAUGUAUAGAUUAACAUUUAUACAGAAUAGUUUCUUUUCAUGUUUACACUUUGUAGUACGUUUCUUUUAUGAAGAGGACCACUAAAAAUAAAUACAGGACAAUGUGAGAUAUUGUGUGUGGAUUCGUCAGAUUGUUUGUUUUGCAAUUCUGUAAAUAGCUGCUGAGCAAUAUUCCAGGCUAGAUUGUGAUUUAGUGUUGACAAAAAAAAACCAACCUUUUAAGUAAGAAAAAACCUCACCAACAAAAACGGGUGAAAACAUCCACAAAUCUGGGAACAAAAAGCGCUAAAGGUCACGGUUAGGUGGAUGAGUCUGAAGAUGUGCUCGGGCCAUCUUCCGUCCUGUAAUCCUGGUCGGGCAUGCAGUUCAGAGUUGUGUGGAUUUUUGUUGUAAGUGGUGAUUGUUUCAUCCGAAGCCACCGACACAAGUCUUUUAAACAGAACUAUGGGUUAUUUUCACCAAGUUUGCAUAAAGGCACCCUCACUUUUUUUGUUUGAUUUUUUUGUUUUGUUGGGUUAUUGUAUGAAAAGCAUUCCUGACCACCACACAAGUGGGAUCCAUAAAGACGUAUGUGCCUAAAGGAGUGUUAAGGUGAAUUACCUUUUUUUUUCAUGUUUUGGGUGUGGGUGGGGGGGGAAGUAAUGUUAACACCAGUUGUCAUUGUUUUAUUGUCACAGGUCCAAGGCUUUAUUUUUAUGAUCACAUUUUUUGUAAAUUAAGAUACCAGUGAAGUGUUUCUCCCUCCCUGAUAGUCUCACGAGGUAGCAAAGGCUGCUACACUGUGAUUGUCUGCUGAAGUGUAGAGUGGUCUGGUGGCAGAGGCAUCUCUUCUCUUGCUGUUUAAAUGCAUUAAUGCUCAUCUGGCUUUUGUUCACUGUCCAGCCUGUAUACAUUUGAUGUCAAUUGAACAGUAACGGUGAUCUCGCCAAGCUGAGUUACAGUUCAUUUGCAGGAUGUGAACAAAACUUGGAAAAUGUCAUGUAUGUUUGAUGUUGAUGAGCAGCAGAAGCCUAACAAGGUGUAAGAUUCUGUAAGAAAACAAUACCGUAUGUUAAGCCAUAUGUGGAGUUUGUGGGAAAGAUUUCCAGGUCGCUGGUGUUUUUUUUUUAUUUUAUUUAAUUUUUUUUUAAAGAUGGAACAGCUGCAGACACUGAAGCUUUUCAUGAAGUGGUUGAUCUAACAUAGCAAGGUCUGUAUAAAGCUAGAUCACAGUAAAGGGAAAAGCAACCGCAGCUGCUGCUGGUAGCGGCCUUGCCAGAAAUCCACAGUAUUGUCAGUUCAGUUCAGCACCAACUGACAAGAGUAAGACCAUUGUUCUCUUUUCCAUCCAGAAUCCAAUGAUUAAAGUAUCCAGAUGCAUGGUAAACCAUCUCCUGGCUUUAAGCAUAUGUUGGCCAUCGGACAAUCUUACACACACUGUCAAAGAUCCAGACCUGUUGUAAUAAUGUGAUUAAUCUGUGGUGUAACACCAGCUUUUUUUUUUUAACAGUUUUCAUCACUGUCUUCUAGUCUCCAUGCCCCUUCACUUUAAUAUAAUUCAAGUUCUCCCCUCCCUUUUUUUUGUGGGUGACGGUUGUUAAAGUAUUGAUAAUGGCAACUGCCAGGAAAGUAAUCUUGGUGACGUGGUCCCUGCGAUGACGUAUGAAGUCAUCGCUUGUCUAUUAAAAUGGAAAUGGAGGUGAUAUUGGUUUCCCCCCAGGAUAUUGUCAAAGUGAAAAUGUUGUCUGUUGUAACCCAUUUAUUUACUACUUGUAUAUAGGCUGUGUUACAUUAUUGUUACCCAUUUUCCAAAGCAUAAUGUGCGCUCUAUAUUCAAGAUAAAUUUGAUCAGGCAGACAAUGGUUUUCAUUGAUUUCACUUUGUGAUGAGAUGCUUCCUGUACUUAAUCCUUCACAGUGAAGAUCAUAUAUACUUUUCACUAUGUCAAUGUUUGUCCUUUGGGUUUCAGUAUAACUGAUAACAUGGGAUGCAGUUUGGCAGCCUACUAGCCAAGUCUAGACUUCACUUUCACUCUGAUGGAUAACCAAACGUAAAGGAUCGACCGCCGACAGUUCGGCCGGAGAUUCGAUUUGGUAUGCCAGUGUUUCUCAAAGGAGGGGGGGGUACUAUGGAAUACAGCAGGGGGUUUCGUGAGAUUUAAAAAAAAAAAAAAAAAAAAUCAUAAUCCUUAAAUACUAUAACAAAUGAAUUUAGUGAUGGAUCCUAAACAUUUGAAAUGUAGGCUAGCAUUACAAGGUUGAUGUUUAGCCUAACAGGCGCAGCGUUGUACCUCUUUAUGUAGGCUUUUUUUUUCUACCCAAAAAUGUUUAGCGCUGUUCAGGGGGUACUGGGCUGAACAAAUAUUUAAAAAGAGGUACAUUAUUGAAAAAAGUUUGAGAACCACUGGGCUAAGAGUGGCUAAUAUAGCUUCUAACCUCCUGCUUCAAACAAAGAUGAGAAGUGGGUUACAGAGGUCUGGUGAGCUCACUUCUUUCUAACGCCACAGAAGGUUUUAUAUAACUUUGUUCACAUGUACAGUAGUAGUACUCCACAACACCUGUACACAGAAUUCGGAUGUGUAAAAUCUGUGGAGUUCCCCCUUUUAACACAUUUCAAAUCUUUGCGAGUUGAUUUUCAUGCCAUACAGAAAAAAACGGGAACCAAUGGCUGCCUGGAAGAGACACUCAGUUGAACACUAUGGUUUGCUUUGGAAAAUGGUUGGCAGUUAUGGUACGUUGACAUGAUUGGUAGUGAACUGGCAAAAACAUGCAAGCACCGACACAGUCCUUUUUAACAAUCUGUAUGGUCGUUUGCCUCAUUUCUUAGCAAGUCAUCUUUAAGAUUCCUUAUACAGUGUUGCCUUGUCGGGCUCACAUCAGGUUCUGUUUCAUCUCCACUCAGAAUAAGAUUUAACAACCACACUGUUUUAUCUUCGUCUAGGAAAGCCUGUGCACUCACAAAUAAGACAAGUCUCCUAUGGAUUCACUUGCACAAGUCAAACUGACAUAACUUGCGAGUUUUCUGUGGCAACAACUAUAGGUCCUGUGAGUAUCGAUUAUAGAACGGACAAGUGUACUGUAGGUAGUUUAUCAUUAUGUUCCAUUCCAGUCAUAUGCAAGCCUAUUACACUAGUAGUGUGUAGUUACUUUAAAGAAAUGGGUAAUGAAUUUGGAUGUUGAGUCAACAGUUUGAAAUCUUUGGCUGGUAACACGUGUGAUGAUUAGUGUCAAAAAGGAGGUCAAAAUGAUCGAUACUGCAUUCUCAUGAAUAUUCAUUUAGGCCCUGAGGUAUAACUGCCAUGUUAGUUGCAUCACCAAUGCCAACAAAAGUGCCUUCUGUUUGACCAUUAGGCCUUGAGCCAAAGACAAGCAACAGUAAUAGCCUUGUAAAAUGAAGAAUGGUAAAUGUAACGGGCACUUCUGUUUGCCUUCCUUAAAAUGUAAUCUGAUAAAUUGGUAAGUCCCAAAGAUUUGAUAUCUAGUAUCGGUGCAAAAGUCCAUUCAGAAUGCCAGACAAAUUGCCCUGUCAAAUUAAUGGUCAUUCCCUUUUUUUCCCUCAACUUCACUAUAUAAUUAUCUUUAUUUUGUCUAGCUAGGACAUGUUUGUUAGCUAAGAAUACGCUCUGUUUAAACUACAUGAUUGUAAUGUUAUUUUUCAUCAUUAAUUAUGCCCUUUAGCUGUAUAGACUGUUAACAUUCGGGGUUAUUUUAAUAAAAAAGUUGAGGGGUUGGAGGGCUAGGAAUCCAUGUGUCAGCAUAAAAUGUUUAUUAAAUUUAUUUGUGGAGGAAAACUUACCGGGUUUGCUUCUGUAUUGCCAAAUGUUUUAAAAUGCUGUAUUUUCUUACAUGGAAGUGUUACAUGAAUGGUAAGAGGGUGCAAAAAUAAUCUUUAAAUUCAGCUUACUUUAAGGGAAAAUUGUGGAAAAGGUUGACAUGAAAACAUUUAUAAUUGUGUCAUUGUCAUGUGGAAAUGAUCUACCAUUAAAACAUUCCCUCUGAAACUACCUGUCAUUUUAGCUUAUUUGAAUGAAAUGAAAUGCUGUUAAACAUACAAUAAGAGUGACUGAACUAAAUGGGGAUCACUGCUAAAUGUAAUACUUUUGUUACUGUGACAUUAAAGGAUUGGUGCACACCUUGUC